AUGUCCACGGCGCCCGCCAUUCUGUCGUCCUGCGUGUUUAGAGGAGGCGAGUGGAAUCUUGAGUCUUGGCCGGAGAAUGCAGAGCACGGGUAUGCAGACCUCAAAGCCUCAAACCUGCGUGUGAGAGAAGGUGGCGAGCUCCAGAGUACGGUCCGCGGUUGGUACUCUAGGAAGAUACAAGACAAUAGCUUCUGCAAACCAGUAAGAGUGGCCUCAUUAGACACUGGAUUUGCCAGUGACUUGAUCAUGGACUUCCCCAUCUCCAGGACUGUGAGUUAUAAAGGUCUUUCACAAUAUUUGCUGUCCUUGGGCAAGAUCAAAGUCAUUUUUGGAAGGAAAAGCAUCUCUGGAUUUUGUUAAAUACAUCUUAGGACAGUACUCUCUGCUCUUCAAAGUCAAUGCAGCAUGAGUCACUGUUACGGAACCUACAGAAUGUGUCCCUUAAAAUACUGAAAACGAACACUGUUUUACUGCCUGCAUAAUUAGCACUAGGCAGGUGAAUUUAUUACUACUUCAUUAAAUAGAUGAGUUUAUUAACUCAA